CUGCCUCACGCCCCGAUGUGCAGCAUCAGUCCGGGAGCAGGAUUUCUGCCCUUCCUGCUAGAAGAAGUCCUCCCCAGCGACGUGAAAAUACCCCGAGUGCUCUUGGUUCUCUUUCAGACCUUCAAGCAUCUGUGGCGUUCAUUUCUGACUGGUUUAAAUUUCUUUCGAGGCAUGUGACUUCUUUUGGUGUUCACGGCUGAAAAGCUGAAACGUUCUGUCACAGAGCAAACUUUUUAGUUGAUUUAAAGCAAGAAAUGACUCUUGAACACGACAGGCUGUUUCUGCUUGCUGGGUUUUGUGCUGUGGCAGUCAAAAAGCAUGUUUUCUGUUUUGUGUAGUUGGGGCCAGCUACAGCACAAAAGUCAAAAGUUGUUGGAAAGUUGAAGGAAUGACCACACUGUUUUCCUCUCAUCUCACUGAAGCAGGUGUAUCUAUGUUUUAUACAACUGAAAUGACCUGUUAAGUCUGGAGGCUUCUGAGCAAAAGAACAAAAAGUUCAGCCAAAGCUCGGUGAGUGUGCAGUAGGGGGAGGAAAUAAUACAGAAAGCAAAGGAGGAAACGGAAAGGCUUUUGAAACACUUGGUGCUGUUCCCUGGGUGAGCAGCAGGAGUAACUCGCGAUUGGGAGGGAUAAGGAACGUCCAGACGAGCUUUUGUUCUGCAGAGCUUCGGCAGUGCUUUGGCUCCCAGAUACCUGGUAUGGCCUCAUCGUCAACACCUAAAUAUAAUUCAAACUCCUUGGAGAGUUCAGGUAAAAGGACUCUAAAAGAUGGAACUAACUGGGAGCAAAAUGAAGAAAUACCUCGUCUACCAGGAGAGACCAGAGUUACAGACAAGGAUGUUAUUUAUAUGUGUCCAUUUAAUGGCCCAGUUAAAGGAAGAGUGUACAUCACAAACUACAGGCUGUACCUAAGAAGUGUGGAAAAUGAUCCAGUUGUGGUAUUGAACGUUCCAUUGGGCGUAAUUUCAAGGAUUGAAAAAAUGGGAGGAGCUUCCAGCAGAGGAGAAAACUCUUAUGGAUUAGAUAUAACCUGUAAAGAUAUGAGGAAUUUACGGUUUGCAUUAAAACAAGAAGGGCACAGUAGAAGAGAUAUAUUUGAAGUCCUCACAAAAUAUGCUUUUCCCCAGUCUCAUAACUUGCUUUUUUUUGCCUUUGUAAAUGAAGAAAAGUUUUCUGAAAAUGGAUGGAUGGUGUACAACCCGAUGUCCGAAUACAGGAGACAAGGACUGCCUAACGAACGGUGGCGAGUGACUUUUAUAAACGAACAUUAUGGGCUGUGUGACACGUACCCAGCACUCUUAGUCGUGCCAUAUAAUGCAACAGAUGAGGAUCUCAAGAAAGUUGCUGCCUUUAGGUCCCGAAACAGAAUCCCGGUCCUGUCGUGGAUUCACCCCGAGACUCAAGCUGUGAUCAUGCGCUGCAGUCAGCCCCUGGUUGGAAUGAGUGGCAAGAGGAACAAAGAUGAUGAAAGAUAUCUUGAUAUCAUCAGGGAGGCCAACGGGCAGAUCUCCAAACUGACCAUCUACGACGCCAGGCCCAAUGUCAACGCAGUCGCCAACAAGGCAACUGGGGGAGGAUAUGAAGGUGAAGAUGCAUAUCCCAAUGCAGAACUUUUCUUCUUGGACAUUCACAAUAUUCACGUCAUGCGGGAAUCUUUGAAGAAGCUGAAGGACAUUGUUUAUCCUAAUGUGGAAGAAUCACACUGGUUGUCCAGUCUGGAAUCUACCCAUUGGUUAGAACAUAUAAAGCUCGUGCUGACAGGGGCAAUCCAGGUGGCAGACAAGGUGUCGUCGGGCCGGAGCUCUGUGCUGGUUCACUGCAGCGACGGCUGGGACCGCACGGCACAGCUCACGUCCCUGGCCAUGCUGAUGCUGGACAGCUACUACAGAACCAUCGAAGGCUUUGAAGUUCUGGUGCAAAAGGAGUGGAUAAGCUUCGGGCACAAGUUUGCAUCGAGAAUAGGCCAUGGUGAUAAAAAUCACGCUGAUGCAGACAGAUCACCCAUCUUCCUCCAGUUUAUUGAUUGUGUGUGGCAGAUGUCUAAACAGUUUCCUACAGCCUUUGAAUUCAAUGAGCAGUUCCUGAUUACAAUCCUGGAUCACCUGUACAGCUGCCGGUUUGGUACUUUCUUGUAUAACAGUGAGUCAGUCCGAGAAAAAGAGAAAGUGACUGAGAAAACGUUAUCGUUAUGGUCUUUGAUAAACAGUGAAAAAUCUAAGUACACCAAUCCUUUUUAUAGUAAAGAGCUAAACCGAGCACUCUAUCCAGUAGCCAGUAUGCGUCACUUGGAGCUCUGGGUCAAUUACUACAUCAGGUGGAACCCAAGAAUUCGGCAGCAACAGCCAAACCCCGUGGAGCAGCGUUACAUGGAGCUCCUUGCGUUACGUGACGAUUAUAUCAGGAGACUUGAAGAGCUACAGAUCACAAAUAAUUCUAAGAUACCCAAUUCAUCAGCCUCAUCAGCAUCUCCCUCACAAAUGAUGUCCCAAGUACAAACACAUUUCUGAAGAAAGUGUUGGCUUCUUUCUAUACUGUAAUAGCAAGUGGUGCUUCACAUAGAUCUAUAGCAAAAGGAGGAAUAUUCUAAUGCCUUAUGUUAGACUGUCCUAACACAAAGUGGUUUAGACUGUCUUUAUUUGAGGAGGACUUCAGAACAAACAAAACCAACUCUUCAAUUACGUGCCUUUCAGAACCUGUGGACUGGGAACAUUAUUAAUCAACUCAUAGUUAUGGAGGGCUUUUCAAGAGUUACUUUGGAAAGUCUGGUACAAUUGAAAUUAAAUUGAUUUAUUGUUUUCAUAAGAAUGCUUUAAUUUAUUACAUUGUAGGUCAUGUUCCUAUAAGGAAAUUCAUGCUCAGUCUUGGAUACAUGUCGUGAAUAAACACAUUAAUGGCAAUAGGAAUAUUCACAUUGUGUAAAAUUAGGUAUGUGUGUAUUCCUGUUAGGGAUACAUGAGUUCAUGAGGUAAAAAUAACUUCUAUUGUAAGAUUUCAGAGAGAAGUGCUGAAACUUUCUGGUUAUCAGAGAAUUCCAAAUUUUCCUUUUUUGAAAUAGAAAUAUGGAAGGCAUUUCACUGCUAUGCUUCUAAUUAAAAAGUUCAAAUAGCUCAGUAGAUAUCAAAAUAAAAAAAAAACCUUUUUAACUGUAAAUUGAUUUUAUUUAAAAAAAAGAAAAACAAAUGCCAGUUGUACUGGAUUUGGAGAAGUCCUGUUUUGGCUAAUUGUUCACAUCUAAAGUAUAUUGCAAAUCAUCACUGUGGGCAAUAUUGGUUCUUUGGAUUAAUGCAGAAUAAAAUGUUUCUGAAGAUGGUUUAUAUAAUUAAAAACAGACCCACAGAGACAUUACUUAAAUAUCCACCAACAGCCAUAGUAUUAAAGCUUCUGUUUGUCUCGUUAAAAUAAAUGUGCCUGUUUAAAGGAGCUUUUAUACCAAAGUAGGGAAAAAUUCUCAGUUAUAAAUAAUUUUGAAAACUUGUACGUUUAUAGUUUACUGUUUAAUUUAACUUCUGUGCAGCAAAUUUUAUUCUUAAGUAUUUAAGGGGCUUUGGUAUCCAAGAUUUGCAUAUAGUGAGUGCACUUACGUUGAACCUUCCUGUGAGCUCUAGUUUCAAGCCUUCCUUUCACAGGCUUUUUGUAAACCUUUUAAUUUGUUCAUUUCAGGUAUUUUUUAAAUAGCUGCAAGCAUUUCUUAUGACAGCACAAACUUUGCUCUUGAUAUUUAAUUAAAAUUUUGCAUAUUCUCAUAAGUUUAAUGAUGUUCAGGCAAUCCAGGAAAUACUGCAGUUCAGAAUCUGCAGAGGACUCUAAUAUUGUUAUUUUAAAGGAGAUAUUUUGAUGCUUGAGGCUUCUGUCAGUGUAAAUUAUUGUACAUGUGGUGAGUUUUGAUCUGCAAGAUAUAAUAGGAUUAUAUAUAAAUUAAGUUUUGUGUAAGUAUAUAUAAUAUAGUUUAUUAGAAGUUCUGCAGGUUUAUAAAGUGUAAAUAUUUUGCAUAUGAAAACUAAAUUUAAAGCUAUAGUUCCAUAAAAUAAGUCAAAGUUUAGAGGACAGUGAAUAUUUUUAAAACAGUAUUUUUUCAAAGGAAUAAAAGUAUACCGCCUCUUGAUUUAAUUCAUUAUAUAAACUGAGUUGCACUAUGUUUUUCAGGGAAGUUCAGAGCAUGCAACAUGUAUGUUCGAAAUACACAGGAUUAUAUGACUUAUUUUGUCCUCUAAAUUUCACUCUCCCGUCUGUGUUCUCCAGUAUGUGUAUCCAAAAUAACAAUGUUGUCCCAAAAUCUUGACUUGUUAAGGUAAAAAGAUGCAUUACAUCAGGUAAAUGAGGAAGGAUACUCAAUUGUUCAUGAUGUACUUUACAUUUUAAAAGCUAUGCAUACUCUGGUAUAUUUGCCUUCUACUUACUCGUGGUUUAUUAAAAAAAAAAAGCUAUUUUUAUUAGAAUAUUUAAAGUUUCUGUAUUUGAGUUGAACAUAUUGGUGACAUCUCUGAGUGGUGUGAAGAAUUUCUGAAAAUGUAAUAGUUUUUACUGUUUAAACACUACAUGGUAACCUAUUGCAUUUGGGAAAGUGUAAUAUAAUGGAAGGGAUCUUUUUGCACUUACUUCAUUACAUAUAUACCAUUUUUCAUAUUACUGUUCAGCCGAAUUUAUUUUUGAAGCUCUCUAACAAGGCUCUGUGUGGGCUUGGAUUUUUCUCAAGUCAGCAGAUAAGAUAACUUGUUUUAAUUCUGUUUUUACAUAUUAGACCAAUAUAAGGGUGGUUUUAAUCCAAUACCUAUUGGAAGAUACUACUUGUGAAUGUAGGCAGACAAAGCGGUCAAUGUUAACACCUCUCUCUUUUCCCUGUAAGGGGUGAUCUGGGCUGUUGUUGUGCACACAGGCUGUGUCUGUGCGGCACCUCCUGCCCUGUGCACGCUGCAGGAACAGCUCCCUGCCAGGAACACAUCUGGGGAAGCUGCUGAGGUGGUGAAGGAGAGGUGAAGGUGCCGAGUGCCUUUUCCAGGAGGGGUGAAAAAGCAGAGCUGGGAUGUCCACAUCACCAGCAAUGAAUGCCCAGUAUCCCAUAAGAAACGCCCAUCUUGGAAUGCUAGUUUAGUUUUUUUAUGUAUUCUUACUUCCAUGAACCUGAGGAAAUAACCUAGUUUUUGUGCUGGGCUUCAGUUACUUAAUUAGAAAGGUGGUUUGUCGAAUGCCUUGUUUAUUUGCUCAUGCCUUACCCCCCCAGCAUCACUGUUAUGGCUGUACCCAAGACAUGACUUGUGUGCUACCUCCUGAUGUAUUGUUAACCUCUGCCUUGAGUUCAGGUGUUGUCUCGCAGCAAGCAUCCUGUCGUGCAUGAGAAAACGUGUUUUAUAACCGAGCAGGAUCUCCUCAGUACUACUGUUUCCUCAGUAACGCUGUCGCCCGCCCUCCCUGGAUACCGCGGGACCGCUCCGGAGCCGGGCCCUGUGUGUCGGGCGUCGUCGGGGCGGGGGGAGAGGAGCGAACAUCCUCAGUCUGCCGUGUACGUGCGGGGCGGGGAAAAUAAAGAUGUCAGUGUUGAA